AUGGCGCGACUAAUGGCACAGGGACACCAUGGGAAGGUUGAGAUGGUGUCCAUUGGGCACGGGGGCGAUGAGAGCGGCCCCGGGGACGGGGCUAGCGGCGAGGAAGGGGACCCUUCGGGACCGGACCCACUGUCGGAGGUCGUGCUCGGGCCCGUCGUGCGCGCGGACGGCACGGGUCGGCAGGGGCAGGGGGGCACCGCGGGAAGCUUGCCGUUGGAAUCGGCUUCUGAACGGUUGCAGACGCUUGUCAAGGAGCAUCCGGACGAGCUAGGUUCGGACCCGUUCGUGGCCUUCGUGUCCCAGAUGCUAGCGUACCUGGCGCAACGGCUGUCUAUGGAGGGAGGCGCGCCACCCCCGGCACUACCGUUAGCGGCGUCAUCCUCGUCGCCGUCCUCGUCGUCCAUUUCCGGCACGAACUGCAGCAGCCUGUUGGGGUUUGCGCGAGAGGGGCGAGGCGGCUUUGAGAGAGGUAGCAGAGGCGUUGGCGGUGCUGCUGUCGUGCGGGGUGCUCCGGAAGAGCCUGGGCUCGCCGCGCUGGAGGGAGGGGUAGCAGGCACGGGAAGGGCGUCGAACGUUGGCGACGGAUGCUACGGCAUGGACCUUGUGGGAGGGGGCGACGGUAGCCAACUCCUGGGAGGCGGGGUGGCUUCGUCCUCUUCCCCGGCUUCGGCAGUGGUGGGCGGCGGCGGCAGCAGCGAGAGUGGUGGUAGCGACGGGGGCCUGUCUCUGGGGAGAGUGUUGCCGCUACACUGUGGACACAACAAUUGCUACAGCGAUGGGGAGCGGCGCAUGCUGUUGGAGCACCUUGCGCUGGAAGGCGGUGGCGAUGAUGACGGCGGUGGUCGGGACAGUAGUGAUGUGGUGAUGGUGGUUGAGAUACAGGGGCGGUUGGAUGGUGUCCUGUUGUUGCCGACGGAGUCUUGUGGGCUGUUGGCGACUGGUAACGCCUUGGACUUGAAAGGAGACGGGGGGAGAGCGAGGAAAUUCCACGCGACGUUUAUUGCUCGAUUGCUACGCAGUACCAUAGCUGACUGCUGCUGCCGAGUUGUUAUGUAG